AGUAGAUCUCAUGUGGUUUCAGUACUUGCAAAUAAGAUAUAACAAGUGAUUAUGCCUGAUUUGAAAAUGCUGGGAUCAAAGGCCCAGAAAUCCUGAGACUAAAUUGCUUAGAGAAUCUGGGUUUUUAAGGAACCUGACAAAAAUCCUAUGCAGACAUUGUGUGCAGAUGUCUGUCCACAGGUUUAGGUUUUUGUGUGAAUGCCUGUACCUGGGUUCAUGUUAAACACACACCUGAAUAUUUCUGAUCAAUAUCCUGAAAUCCUGGGUACAUAAAGGAAAUAGACUGCUGUACCUGUGUUCAGCAUAACAUACAAAUAUCCAUGCCUGCUUACAGAUCUGUACCAGUGCACGCAGACUGUGUGAGUGUUGAACAUAACCUGUGAAUAAGGCCGGAUUUUGAAUGAAUACUUUUAUGGUCCGGAAGUAAACGUCGUACAUAGUCCUAUGCAUAAGUUGCUUAUUAAUCUAAAUAUGGAUAGACAGAUGGUGAGAAACUGACCUGGAUCUACUCUAUUAUUUUUAUUUUAUUUUUUACAUUUUAUAUUCCGCUCUUCCUCCAAGGAGCCCAGAGCGGGGUACUACAUACUUAGGUUUCUCUUCACAACAACCCUGUGAAGUAGGUUAGGCUGAGAUAGAUUAUGGAGAGAGCAUAGUCUCAAUUUAGGGUUGUUUCUGAUCUUUCCUUAAAUGCUGACUUGAAAGAGUUUUUAAACGGUUUCACCGCUUAGAUUAUGCUUUAUUAAUCUGCCUUGUUCAGGCCUUUGCUGGUGGAAACUGGGGGCAGAUCUUUUCCCCACAUGUUCUGCGACUGUCCUAAGAUUAAAGAUUUUUUUAAAAAAAUUCUUUAAUAUGUUUGGAAUGCAACUGGGAAUUGAUUGCCAUGAACUUGGCCAACUGCUUUGUAAAUCUCUGUAAAUGCUUUCUGUAAACGAAUCGCUCACAUAUUUACUAAUUGCUCAGACAUUUACCAAUCGGUCGUGUCAAGAAAACGGAAACUGACCAAUUUACCCCCCUUGGGUUUGUUAAAAGAAGAGAGCUGGUCUUGUGGCAGCAAGCAUAAAUGGCCCCCUUGGCUAAGCAGGGUCUACCCUGGUUUGCAUUUGAAUGGGGGACUACAUGAUGUGAGAAUGGGAAGAUAUUUCCCCUUAGGGGAUGGGGCCUCUCUGGGAAGAGCAUCUGCCUGCUUGCAUGCAGAAGGUGCCAAGUUCCCUCCCUGGCAGCAUCUCCAAGAUAGGGCUGGGAGAGACUCCUGUCUGCAGCCUCGGAGAAGCCGCUACCAGUCUGGGUAGGCAAUACUGAAUUAGAUGGACCUAUGGUAGCAAGGUAGCAGACAGGUAGCAAGCUCUUUCCAUCCCCUCCUUGACCUCUUCCCCCUACAGCUGUGCCCAUUGUUUGAACUUAUGGACUAGUAACAUGAGUAGAUUUAUUUGCAAGGCUUUCUUCUUCAUGCAUUAGGAGGAUCUGACUGGGGGGGGAAGAUGGCGUCCGUCUUCCACAGCGUAGGGGCCAGCAUGGGUUGGAGGAACCACGAGAUACUCUCGGACUUUGAGGAAAGCCCACUGCCUGACCGGUUCUGGGGAAAGCCCUUUCGGAACCUGAGUGCCGUCCGGAUGUCCUUACGGAAAUGGAUGCCCCUGAAGGAAGUCGAGAUCAAUUUUGACAAGAACCCGACAUGGGAGAGCCUGGAAGCCAAGGAUAAGGCUCAACACCGCCAGGCGCUGACGAGGACGGCCAAAAAUGUCUUGAGGGAUGUGUCACAGCAAAUCCAGAAGCACUGUCAGGGGCCCGCUCGCAUUCUGCUGACUACUUUGAGCAAAGCUUCCACCAAGGGUGGCCUGGGGUCUACCAGACCUCAGGCUGUGUCGCCUAGGGCCCUUCAACGCAAGAGCCAAAGGAUGGCUGCUGUCUCAACCCCGACGUCCACCACCAAGAUCCUGUCCGGAUCGGACAAGAGCUCUUCCUUUCAACCGGACUCCCGACAACGUAGAAGAGAGGUCCUCCCUCUCCGAAGAUCAAGGCAGGCCGCGGCCUUGAGAAGUCCGUACGGCUCUCUGGUUUCUGCUGGCUGCAGAAGGCAAUUUGACUGCGAUCUGGUCUCUACAGGCAUCCGGAAACUGAAGCACCUCUCCCAAACCUUCAACGAUAUCAUCGUCCAAGAGGAGAGAGAUCAAGCCGUCACAAACUACUACCAGGUCAUGGCCCAGAACUUGCAGGCCGCGCAUUCGCGGUCUCGGAAGCUCUCUUGUCCAGCAUUUGGGAGGCGGACGGUGCGGCUGAGACGGACGCUCCGCAGCUGGGCAGAUAACCGCUUCAACAGUAUUAACCUCUGAGCUGAAGAUGGAUGGACUUUGUGUGUGUGUGUGUGUGUAUGUGAUAUUUUGUGUGUGUUUGUACAGUAUCUGCAUUUAACUCCCUACUCAGAAUAAGCUCUGAAUAACCCAGUCUGCUCUGAAUAAGCUCUGAAUUAUCCCGUUUACUCUGAAUAAGAUUUUUUCGUUGGUUGUUAAAAAAAAAAAGCUCAUUCGUAAAAUCUCAA